CUGCUGAAGUUGCUGCUGCAGCUGUUGUUGCUGCAGCUGCUGUUGUAGCUGUUACUGCUGCUGCUGUAGCUGUUGCUGCUGCUGUAGCUGCUGCAGCAGCUGCUGCUGCUGCAGCAGCCGUUCGUCGCCCCUGUUACUGUUGCCGGUGUAACUUUCUACUUUUGCUGCUGCUGCUGCUGAAGUUGUCGCUCCUCCUGUUGCUCUCGCUGCUGCAGCUUUGCUGUAGCCGGCCCUGCUGCUCCUGCUGCUGUUGUUGGUGCUCCAGCUGACGUGGAGACGCGGGGCCGGCGCCAGCAGCACCCGCGUUCACGCGACACGUGGCUCAUCUCGCCGCAGCUGUAGCUGAAGCAGGAGGCUGUGCUCGGGCUGAUGAAGCAUCAUCCCUGCUGUUGCUCGUCGUCCAUGGACAUCGACUGAGGAGGCGGUGACGGGCAGUUGCAUAAGGAACCGAGCCGUUCGCACCGGGGGCCUUAACCGACGCACUACGCCGCAGGUUUUGCCAUUGCCCAGUGGGCCAUCGGCGUGGCCUUCACCCACCGAGGGCCAUCCCCGUCUCGUCUGCUCGCUUCGAGCCAUGGCCUACGGCGGGAACACCACGCAGGCCCAGCACGGCGCCGUGGCCACGUGGGCUCCCGCCGUCCCCGGCGGCAACGGUACCGCCCCGGGCCCUGCGCUCCUCCUGUGCCCCAACGCGUCGGCGGGCUCCCAGUGGUUGUGGCACGUGCUCGGGGAGUGCCCUGACGGGAGCCGGGACCACGCGAGCGUGGCGUUCGCGCUCCUGUCCAUCGUCUGCUUCCUGCUGGCCACGCUGCCGCAGCUGUACGAGUCGUACCGCUCUGGCAAAGCUGACCAGGCCCUCUCCAUCUGGUUUCUGCUCUCUUGGCUGGGAGGCGACUGCUCCAACCUCAUUGGCUGCAUCCUGACAAAUCAGCCGCACCUACAGACGUUAAUGGCCGUGGACUACGUGAUGAUGGACAACUUGGUGAUGUCCCAGUACCUCUACUACCGAUUGAGAAAUCGGAAUGGUGAUGCCGGCUGUCUGCAGUGGUCGUGCGUAUGCUGGAUGCUGGCCUGUACCCUCCUAGCAGUGCUGCUGCCUUCGCUCCUCUUCUGGCACCAUCCCAUGCUGGUGGCCCCUGCCCUUGGGACCAACUCCUCCCUCGCUCUUGCCCACGCUAGCAAGCUGCCUUCGUUGGGAUGGAUGGAGCUGAUCGGCUACACUUCCGGCUCAGCCUCUGCCGCCUUCUACCUAGGAGGGAGGCUGCCACAGCUCUACCACAACUACAAGCGGCACUCGGUGGAGGGAGUCUCGCUGGCGCUCUUCAUGCUCACAAUUCUGGGGAACAGCACGUACGGCACGAGUUUGGUGCUGAAGGCCCCCAGACCGGGCGAAACCGAGGGCCAGGCUAUCGUCGCUCACCUGCCCUGGCUCAUCGGCAGCUUCGGAACUCUGCUGCUUGACUCCUCUAUGGUAGCUCAGUUUGUGCUAUACAGACGCCACGGUGGCCGCCCUGCCGGAGAGGAAUCCAUGCGGCUGGACGAGAGGGAAGAGGCCCCGUUGCUCACCGGCUGGGGGGAUGAGUGACAUCGCGCGUGACCAGAGGUCACUGCCGUGACCAGAGGUCACUGCCGUGGCCCCAGAUUCAUUGCCGUGACCCCGCGAUCCUGGAAGCGUUUGACCGAAGUUUCCUGGGCUUGACACGGCCGCGAGGGUGGCCACAUUUUUACGAUGGUUUUUUUUUUACCAUCAAGCGAGUGUGAGAAUCUGCAGUGUGCUGCUGUUACAUUCCUCUCAGUCAUUCCAGGUUCCUCCUGCUUGCGGGUCCGCCCAUGGUAUUUACCCAUCACCGCUUGUCUUAAAUGUCAGUUGUGUCUCACCACGGUGGCCUUCUUACUGUAGCGAUGUUAAAAAGCAAUAUUUAGUGAUAGCCCGUAACCUGAUUGUGACGUGAUCUUGAAAACUAUACUGAGCCAUACGUUAUACAAUAUUGCGUCAGCCAUAAUACCUUACAAUAUGCCUCUGAAUCUCCAGUGGGAGACAGGGUUUGUCUGCACGUCCUCCUGCUCUCUGUCUCAGGUUUCCACUGCAAGAUAACAACACACGUCUCUCGCCCCUUACAGCUUAGCGACCUGGGUGGCGGCUUAAAUUUCCCACCCUUUAUAAGGGCCCGGCAUGCCUCGGGGCACUACUAGAUUGUUGCUUGUUUUUUCUAUUGAAUCAAACUUUAGCAAGUGGAUUAACACACGGAGGUUACUUCGUUUACAUGACAUUGAAUCUGUCUUCCGUUGGAUCGAACUUGUUUUACAUUUUGGCUUGUAAACUCUUGUGCAAUAAUUUCCGAGUUGGAGACACGGGUUUGAGUGGACAUUGAGUGUAUCGUUAUUUAAUAGUGCUCGUGUAUGCGCGCUCGUAAGGCUGAAAUAAAGGCGUCUGGUGCUGCCA